GCUGUUCGUCGUCUUUCUAGUCUCACCGAGAAAGAUCAUUCACAGAGAAGAAGCACACAAACUCGAACAAUGGCGGCGGUUCAACAGCAACAAGCGAUGCAGAAGAACACGUUGUACGUUGGAGGCUUAGCCGACGAAGUAAACGAAUCGAUCCUCCACGCGGCGUUUAUCCCUUUCGGCGACAUCAAGGACGUGAAGACGCCGUUGGAUCAAUCCAAUCAGAAACACAGAUCCUUCGGAUUCGUCACUUUCCUCGAGAGAGAAGACGCUUCCGCCGCCAUGGAUAACAUGGACGGCGCCGAGCUCUACGGCCGUGUUCUCACCGUUAAUUAUGCUCUCCCUGAGAAGAUCAAGGGUGGAGAACAAGGCUGGGCUGCACAUCCACUUUGGGCGGAUGCAGACACGUGGUUUGAGAGGCAGCAACAAGAAAAGGAGAUUCUCAAGAUGCAAGCUGAGAACAAGGCUGCUAUGGAGACUGCUGAGGAACUUCAUAGGAAGAAGUUGGCGCAAGACAGACAAGGUGAGAUGGAAGAAGAUACAGAGGUCAAAGAUGAUCCUAUGGCCAGAGCUGAAGCCGAGGCUCUAAGCAAUGAUAACCCCUAGUGAAAGUAAGCUCUUGUCGGUUUCUCUCACUCUUCUUCCUCCUGUAGAAUAACGAUAUAGUUUUCGCCCGAGUUGUGUCACAUUAUGCACCUAGUUAAGUUUGAGACUAGAUUGUUUCAUGAAGUUUCUGAUCAUGUUUUUUGUUAUAUUUACUAGUUUGUUGAAACUUGCAUGAUUUGAAAAACGUUAUUAAAGAAAAAGCCAACGUUUCUUAACCGGAUGCUCUUAAUACAAAAAGAGUCAUCACUAAUGUAAAGAAACAAUUUUC